AUGGCCGCAAGAUUGUCUAUUUCCCUUCCACGAUCAAUCUUAAUGCGGUUCGCUUACUGGCACAACUUGGGUCGGAACAGUUCAACGGAUAUGACGGUGGCUGGAUUCGAGUGGAGCUACGACCAGGUGAUCUAUUAUGAUUCUUUAGUUGUCGGUGGCCACUUUUAUACCUCGGCCCACUUACCCUCAACACUGGAAGGGUUCAAUCUUCUUGAGCAGAAGCAAGGCAUCUCUAAUGAAUCGUUAGAGGAUAGUCACUACGAGACGCUCGCAGAGAUCUUUAGUUCAUACGACAAAGUUGCGACACCGGAGGAGGUCAAGCGUGUCUGGGUAACUUGCGAUCUGUUCCUUGGGUUAUUCUAG